AUGGUCGGAGCCAGCUGGUUUGGCUUCCACGUCUUGAAGAACAACCAAGAGGUCUUGAUCGCACGCGGCACCAACCCCACCCCAUGGAACAACGUGAGGCAAGACCAGAAUACCAAGGCAAGUCGCAUACCUCCCCCUCCUUGCCCACCCGGUCCUAUUCGUCUCUACUCGCCAAACGCCGAAUUCUGGAAGUCCCGUGUCGGCAUGCCUGACCCUCGCUCAGCCUUUGCUGCAACAACUGAUGCCGUUAUGAAGGCCGAAAUGAAGGUCCAAGAUGUCGCACUCAAGGCGAGUGCCAAGGUUCAUGAGAUCAAGGAGCGUGCAGUGGGUCGGUAA